CUGGUGGGUUCUGGGGGAGACUGUGCAGGGAGGCUGGAGGUUUUUCACAGCGGCUCAUGGGGGACAGUGUGUGAUGACUCCUGGGAUAUUAAAGAUGCCCAUGUGGUGUGCAGACAGCUGCAGUGUGGAGUGGCCCUCAGUAACCAGCAGGUACCAGCCUGGUUUGGUCCUGGUUCUGGACCCAUAUGGCUGGAUGAGGUGGAGUGUGAGGGGAAUGAGACGUCCCUGUGGAGCUGCUCUUCUCCAGGCUGGGGAAAACAUGACUGUCAGCACAAGGAGGAUGUAGGAGUUGUGUGCUCAGAAUUUAAAGAGAUCAGGUUAACUGAGGGCUGUGAAGGGAAUGUGGAAGUUUUCUACAAUGGAUCCUGGGGAAAUGUGUGUUACAACCAGAUGGACAGAGACACAGCGAGUCUGAUCUGUCAAGAGCUGAACUGUGGAAGAUCUGGCAGUGAACCCAGAUAUUCAGUGGGACUGAAGCCUCAUAACUGGCUGGAUUAUUUUAAAUGUCGACGACAUGAUUCCACUUUAUGGCAGUGUCCAUCAUCACCCUGGGGGCAGAAUAACUGUGAUAACGAGGUGUCCAAGAUCACUUGCUCAGAGGAGGAAAGUCAAGAGUCUCUGCGGAGUCAUCUGACAUGUUCAGCAUCAUCUUACCAGAGAAAGUGUUCAAUUAUGAUCAAACAGAAAUUCCAGAGUUUCAUAUGGGGCCACAAAGUUAUGGUCAACAUCUAG